ACUGUUUGACAGUCUUGUACACUUUACAGACUCGUGCUGAUCACGCUCCGCGAUACUAUCACGAUGCCGCCAGCCACAUCUCUCGAGAUCCCCGUCUUCUCUCCGGCGGCAGCUCUUCACGCUCAGUCUCUCGGCGCCCAGCGCAUCGAGCUCAAUGCACAAGGCUCGUAUCCCGCCGGAGGCCUGACGCCCACUCUCGAUGACCUGCGCGCUGUAUCUUCCUCGUUGACGAUCCCGAAUCGAGUCAUGAUCCGGCCAAGGGGACCCCCCGCUGAAGGGUUGGAUUUCGUGUAUUCAGAGGCAGAGUUCGAGACCAUGCUCACCGACGUGAAGAGGUUGCGCGCCGAUGGAGGCUUGAAAGCGGAGAGAGGGGAUGGGUUCGUGUUUGGAGUGUUAAAAAGAGGGGCGCAUGGGGUUGAGGCUGACCGCGAGAGGAAUUCAAAGCUGGUGGAGGCGGCAGGAGGCUUGGUGUGCACAUUUCAUCGGGCUUUUGACGAGCUUGUUGCUGGACUGGAGGGAGUCAGUCUGGAUGAAAAGGAGGCCAAGGUCAAGCAAGCCAUACAAAGUGUUGCUGCCUGUGGCUUCGAUGCCAUCUUGACGUCUGGAGGGCCGGGACGGGCGCCGGAGAACGUCGAGAUCUUGAGGGUUGUGACCAGGAAAGCGCAAGGAAGGUUGACGAUCAUCAUUGGGGGCGGAGUCAGGAGUGGUAAUAUUGGGAGUGUUCUGGGACAUCUGGAUGUUGAGCCCCAGAGCGUGUGGGCGCAUUCGAGCUGCCUUGUUGCUGGAGAGGUAGAAAGUAUCGAUCCUGUGGAGGCAAGCAAGAUGCUGCUGCAAUGCAAAGGGUCGAACUUUGAUAGCCAUGAAGACGAAUAAGGAGCCUGUAAUUGACGUUUGUAUUCGUAUGAGGGAAUGACUCGAGGUUGGGUAUUUAAUUAUGCA